CUUUAUCAGGGCGCUGCACAAUAGCCGAGCCCUGGGGGCCCUCCUCCAGCCGGGAGCGGGCGUGAAGAGGCGGGCGGCAGCAAGUUUGCAAAAGAGCUGGGAGCAGAAGCGGCAACCCCGUGCCGGAGUGGAGCAGCCUGGCGCUGAUUGCCUUCGCCGGCGCCUCGGUCGGGGGACGCUGCGAAGCCGAGGCGGGCUGCUGCUUGCCGUUCUUCCCCUGGGCGCCAAACUUUCCCGAAUGGGUUCUCCUCGGUGGAAGAGGCUGUGCCUUUUGUUGCUCAUCGGGUUGACUUUUUCCAUUAUCCUCUAUGGGCAUUACUACGCCACUCUCGAUUCUUCCACCAGUCCCAGGACUGCAACCAGGUUGCUACAGCAGGAGACAUUUGGGCGAGUACCUGCAGAAAUACCCCGAGGUGCCAAGAACCAUGGUCUGACCAGAGAGAACAUCAUAAAGGGAGGGAGCCCAACCAAAGAAACGUUGAAGCAAGAAGAUAUGAACCCUACCAAGAAGAAGUCUAGCUUGUGCCCCUGGUCCUUGAAGUCCAAAGUGAAGAUGGACCCCACGUUUGGAAAGCAAUUUGAUUUUAACAUUCCAGUACUGAUUUGGGAGCAGCACUUCACCCCAGAAACGUGGGACAGACUGAAGGAUCGCAAUGUCCCCUAUGGCUGGCAUGGGUUGGCAUAUGAAGUUAUCGCUUCCACAGUACAGCUCCUCAAUGACUCUGCCAACAGUAGGCUCUUUGCCACGACCAGGCCCCCCAACAGCUGCAUCCGUUGUGCUGUGGUUGGCAAUGGGGGAAUAUUGAAUGGAUCCCGCCAAGGCAAGGACAUAGAUGCUCAUGACUUUGUCUUCAGGCUCAAUGGAGCAGUGACUAAAGGCUUUGAGGAUGACGUUGGGACGAAGACCUCCUUUUACGGUUUUACAGUAAAUACCAUGAAGAAUUCUCUAAUUGCUUAUGCUGAAUAUGGCUUUACCAAGAUACCACAGGGCAAGGACAUACAGUACAUUUUCAUUCCCUCAGACAUACGAGAUUACAUCAUGAUCAGAUCUGCUGUCCUGGGCAUCCCUGUCCCAGAAGGUCAUGACAAAGGAGAUAAGCCACAGAAAUACUUUGGAUCCGAAGCAUCAGGAGGCAAGUUCAAGUUGCUGCACCCAGAAUUCAUGCACUAUCUAACAGAGAGGUUUUUAAGAUCUGAAAUAAUAAACACUCAGUUUGGGUAUCUCUACAUGCCGAGCACUGGUGCUGUUAUGCUUCUAACAGCUCUGCACACCUGUGAUCAGGUCAGCGCCUAUGGCUUCAUCACGGAGAAUUACAGAAAGUUCUCCGACCACUAUUAUGAGCGUGAGAAAAAGCCCUUGGUGUUCUAUGCCAACCAUGACAUGCUGUUAGAGUCUGAGCUGUGGAAGAGCUUGCACCGGGUUGGCAUCAUGAAAUUAUAUCAGCGAUGAAGUCGGCAUGUGCUCUUGGUUCCCUAGGCCUGAAAGCUUUCCUGUUCCACAGGAAUCCUCCAUCUGCCUUUAUGUAGGUCACGGGUGGAAUUGGUAACCUGCUGGUUCCAAAUGGAAAGCACCAUAGCAGCCACGUAACCUCUUAGAAGAAAGAUCUAUCCGUGGCUAAUAGCCAGCUUAGGCCAGAGAUACUGCUGCAGAAUCACACCAUUGCCAACUCCCUGGCUCAAACAGGCUGGGGCUAGAUAGAUGAUACGGAAACGAGCACAGUGGCAGCAGCUCAGGUGCUUAUGCUUUUCCUAGGAGAGGAUCAGUCUUUUGGCAACACUGACUCGGCCAAGUAUGGCAGUUCUUGGUAACACUCCACUUCUCGCCGAGGUGGUAUUCAGCCUACAAAAUUCACUGUAAAAUGGGACAAAGGAGCUGGAACACGUUGCAAUUGCCAGGAAAGCCAUGGUGAUGACCACAGAACUUUGCUCAUGUGGCAUUAAUGCAGUGAAAUGGCUGUGACAAAACCUCAGAAGAUGUCUAGAAGGCAGCCAGCUUACUAUUAUGGCCUUAUUGUUGGCCAGUAAGUUCUGAUUCUCUGAUCUGGAAACUGUUUUUGUUUUUGUGUGUGUGUGAGAGAGAGCACUAGCUGUCCAGCCAUGAAUGACAGAAUGUAUACUGAAGAGAGAACCCGAUAGUUUCAUCUCAGGGCCAGGUACACACUUUUUAGCCCCAAUUGUAGGGGAAAACUUUUUGAUACCCCUCCUUUAUACACCCAAGUGGCCUUCAGUGGCAGAUGGCCACUUCCUUUCCCUACAAGCCUGCUUGAAAAUGCUGUCCCCUAAGUUUAUCUUGGUGUUACAUAAAUAUGGAUGGUUCAUGUGAAAAUUUCUUUUGUGAUGGCUCUGAAGGCUUCUUCACAGACAGGCACCAACUCCUUCUCAUUGCAGGAAAAUAUUCUUUGUACUACAUUAGUUACUUACCCACCGAUACUGUCAUCUGGAGACUGGACUUGUGGUUGGAAACCACAAAUACUAAAACUGGACACCUAGUACUCCCACUAAGCACAAAAUGUCUGCUUAUGCUGUCCAGAAAUAAGCAUUCAGUGAGCAACAGGGCAGUUCGUCCAUGUGAUAUACAAUGGCUAGCCAUUAUCAGUUGUGUAAAAUAUGCACUAAAAAUCAGUGCCAGGGAAAGUUGAAUUAUGUAUAAAUUGUAUACAUUUGUAUAAAUUAUGCAAACUAAAUAAAAUUGCCUGUGUUUGUGUAA